GGAGGCGACACAAAUUUGCCAUUCCAUCGCACCUUGACAAGCCAACGAUGGUGUCUUUUUGUAUGUAGCUCCUGAAACAUACAGGAGGCUCACUUUGUUUGUGUAUUUGUUGACCGCGCCGUUGAAGUGACUGGACGAGGGAAAAAGGUGGAGACUGGGACGAUCGCCGCUGUAACAUCAGCAACAGCUGGGUAUAUCUGCGAGCUGAGAGGCUUUGUAAUCCGUGAAUGGUGACUGAAGCUGUUCUAUUAAUCCGGGUAGUCACAUCUGCAUUCGGCGCCUACACAUCAUGUACGGCCACAGGAGACAGCCCAGUAUUGAACUACUGGAACUCAUGGGAGUGGUAAAAGAGAAUGGCAAUGAGGAGACAUCACUUCCUCCUGUGCACACUCCACUAUCAUAUGACUAUGUCUUGGUUGCUAAACCCAUCGAUAAGCAGGAGAGAGAGGCCUUCAAGAAGCAAAUUGAAUACAUUGAAGAGCUGAAAAAAAAGAACAUGAAAGUCACAAAAAUUAUAGAUGAUGAGUUCGUCUUCUAUGGGAUUCAAGCGCCCAAAGAAAUUUUCGAGAAGUACAGGUAUCUGCUUAAAGUGUCUGAUGCUUGUAACUGGAGUUCAGAUCAGAACACUGUGGCUCUCAGCACCAGGAUAAGGAUUGUCCACUUCAUCUUGAAUCAUACCCAGAUCCAUUCUGGAGAGGCCCUGCGGGAUCUGAUGAAGACGAAGGUUUUUGAAGCAAGGUUCUGCUUACACGAGAAAAAGAAGCAACGAGAGCUGAAGGAGAGCUGGGCACGAUGGACAGCCUGUCUCCAAGGGCAACCCAUAACUGCCGUCAGGAAUUACUUUGGGGAGAAGGUGGCCUUGUACUAUCUGUGGUUGGGCUGGUACACAUAUCUGCUCAUCCCUCCCGCUCUCAUUGGCAUGAUUGUCUUCCUCUAUGGCCUGGCCUUCUUCAACAGCUCACCCCUGAUAAAGGAGGUUUGCGAGGCUGACACGGUCAUGUGUCCACUCUGUGACAAGAGAUGCAAAGUGUGGAAGCUCUCUGACACGUGCACAUAUGCCAAGGUAAGCCUGCUGUUUGACAACGAUGGCACGGUGUUCUUUGCGAUGGUCAUGGCAGUGUGGGCAACACUGUUUCUGGCGUUCUGGAAGAGACAUCGAGCUUCCUAUGUGUGUGAAUGGAAAGUGUCUGACUGGUGUGAGGAGGAGGAGGAACUGAUCCUGCAAAUUGUGAACAAUGUCAAUUGUGAACCCAAGAAAUACAAGCAUUCCUAUCUGCGCAGUACGGUGGUUCUGAUCUGUGUCCUAGUUAUGAUACUGUUAAUCAUUGGCCUGACACAUGCCUUGGUGGUGUUCAGGGUGAUCGCAGCAGAGCUCUUGGCUAAGGGAUCAUGGGAGUUCCUGAGCACCUACUCCAACAUUGGAGCAAUGAUGCUUGGGGCUUUUCUUCAUUAUAUUAUCAUCACUGUCAUGACACGGGUACAGAGGUCUAAAUGUGCAUCUCUGUGUAACUUUAGUAAUGUUCUCUUUGACCCUGACUAUGUCUAUGUCUUUGUCUUUGCAGAUAUCAAAGAUUGAGCCAUGAAGCUCUGUGAAAUAGAGGAAACAAGAUCAUUUGCGGCCACAGAGAAAAGUUUCACUGUCAAGAUGUUCACCUUCCAGUUUUUCACCUACUUCUCCUCGCUCUUCUACGUAGCCUUUUUUCUUGGCAGGAUAAAUGGUCAUCCUGGUGGUUAUGUUCGAAUUGCUGGGAAAUGGAGGCUAGAGGAGUGUCACCCCAGUGGAUGUCUCACAGACCUAUUCAUCCAAAUGGCAAUUAUAAUGAUACUCAAGCAAACUAUCAGCAACGUGUUUGAAUUCACUGGCCCCUUGUUCUGCAGGUGGUUGAAGAGGCAGAGAACUCAGAGACUACAGAGAAAAUGUGCCCACUGCUACCUGAAAGAUGAAUCAGAGGCCAAAAAUGGAGCUGAACUGUGUGAUAACUGCAAGCUCCGAGACUGGCUCAGCAACUACCGCCUCAGUGACGUUGACUCCUUCAGCCUGUUCAAUGAGUUCCUCGAGAUGGUGAUUCAAUUCAGCUUUACCACCAUAUUUGUGGCAGCGUUUCCUCUUGCUCCUCUCUUAGCCCUUAUUAAUAAUGUUAUUGAGAUACGCUUGGAUGCCAUUAAGAUGGUCACUCUGGAGCGCAGACUAGUUCCCAAGAAAACCAAUGAUAUCGGGGUGUGGACAGAUGUGCUGGAGGCUAUUGGUGUCUUAGCUGUUAUUGCAAACGGGCUGGUCAUUGGUGUAUCCUCGGACUUCAUUCCUCGACUGCUGUACCGUUACCACUAUGGCCCAUGUGCUAAUGGCACAGUCACAGAUAUUGACUGCAUGGUUGGCUACAUCAACAACACUCUCUCCACUGCAAGGAUAGAUGAUCAGAACAUACACAACGCAUUUUCAACUAAUCAGCUUCCUAAUGGCUUGAAUGUCUCUUACUGCAGCUAUAAAGACUACAGGAGCAGUGAGGACUACAGUCUUACCCCACAGUUCUGGCUAAUUUUAGCUGUCCGCUUUGCAUUUGUCAUCCUCUUUGAGCAUGUUGUCGUCAUAUUCAAAUUCAUUGCAGCCUGGUUUGUACCCAGCGCUCCCAUGCAGGUGAAAAAUGACAGUCUGUUUGAUAAACUUAACAGACUAAAAGAGGAACUCAGGUCAUUUGAAGCGUGACAGCAUUCAGACUUUUAACCGGGACACAUUUGAACCCAGUGUUGCCUUGUGCAUUAAAGUGUCCAGACUAACAGUGCUGACUCAAAGUCAUUAGUCAUCUCUGUGUGAAGAGUUCAGACAGGUGGCUCUCACUUUCUUUUAUUGUUUACAGUCAAAUGUUAAGAACUGGCUAUCCGGAUUUUUAUCCAUGAAAUGAAGACAGCCUCUUUUUUUUUGACAAAACAAGUGUACAGAAAUUGAUUUUACUGACCAGGUCCUUCAUGAAAUUAUUCUUAUUCUAUUUUAAGAAUGCACUGACGGCUUUCUGUUGGAUCUUUAUAUUUGUGAGUUGUAUGCAAGUGUUUUUAUUGAAAACCUACAGAUAAUUUAUACUGCUGCUGCAAAUAGAGUACCAGUUGUGUGUUACGAUGUUGCCUUAUAUUGUAAAAUGCGCUGUGAUGGUUGUUGCAUUAUUGCAGAUAGAAACUGAUGUCAGGUGUUUUUUGUAAAUCAGAUGCAAGAAUGUUUUGUGUUAUAAUAUUUUAUAUUAAUGAAUAAAAGAGGAAACAUUUGUCCUAGUUAAAUGCCUUUUCAAUUCAAGGUUGUCAGAUAAAAGUGUCUCAUAAUUAACACUGAAUUUACUAAAUCACCAAUUAAAGAGAUUUGUACUGGAGCCACAUGCUUUUAUGUCUAGGUGCAGUGUUUCAGUAAUAGCUACUGUACAUUUAUGCCACUUUUGUCAUUUUAUUUUAUAUAAUUGCAUAGAAAUUGCACAUGGUGUGCUUCAAAGGCUGAUUAUAGUAUUCUUAGUCUCUAUUUCUUAUGCACAAAAUAUCAUGAUGAAAUUUUGUCCCCCAGAAAUGUACUCCUGGCCAUGUGGAAAAGACAAAAAAUGAAAGAAAAUAGAGUUGAACCUGUACUACUCAACAACACAGCACCCUUUAUAAAGGAGUUGUAAAUUGUAACUAAUGUGGUCAUGUGAAAUGUAAAUACUGUAAAAGGUUUACUAUGCUUUAUAGAUAAGUUAUCACCAUUAAAAUAGGGACUUUUUGGUUUGCCAGGUUGUGAAAAAUCCCUUUAGCUGGUUCAACUGUUUGACUUAUUUUCUGAAAACCAGCGGAUUACUGUCUGGAAAAAAAAAAAAAUCAUUUAUUAACAGCUUUGUAACACAAACACCUGCAGACUGGAUGAUUAAAACCCUUUAUUAAUGUCACAUUAACAUUUAGAUCUGUCAUAUUGAUUGGUUAUUAGAACUUGAGAAACUCAUCAAUACUAUCGGUAGACUGCCAGCACUCCACUACUUUACUACCAAAUAGAAAUUAUAAACGCAGUAGGAUUUUUGACAACCUGACAACCCAACUGUUGUUCUUAUUAAUGAUUGCAGCUAUAACUGAUAUAUAAAGAAUUAUGAAAUGAUUUAUAAAAUAGGCAACCACUUCA